CUAUUUUACUUUAAAUUUCCUCCCACGACACACGGCACACGCCCCUUUAUUGACAGCAACACGAGGAAUUCGCACGACAAACGAAAUCUGAGAGAUUUUUAUUGAAAAUGCCAGCUAAAACGCUGAUAUUGAAAGCGAACUCGUCAGAUCCGCCACUUGGUGGAAUUCUGACUGCGAGUUUCGUGAAAAACACCCUUGAGGUCCAAGUGGAAUGGGGUGGAGAGACAAGCUUCCAGCUUCCGGACGGUUUUGUCUUGGACACAAGUGCCACCAUCAGCAGGUACUUGGCCAGAAUCACCCCUGGGUGCAACCUGUACGGCAACAGCCCCAUUGAAAGAUCGGAGGUCGAUCACUGGUUGACUUUCAGUCAGGACCUGACGUUUGGAGACUACGACAGUGCCCUGAAGGAUCUCAAUGACACUUUAGCUCUAAGCACCUACCUUGUUGGAUAUGCCAUCACAAUUGCUGACCUUUGCGUCUGGGGCUCUCUUUACUACAACCGAAGCUUUGAUGAGACCAAAGCUCCUCAGAACGUAGCUCGAUGGUACCAACUGGUCAAAUCUUUGAAGGAGCUGAAAGACGUUCUCUCCACUCUGCCAGAUAAGGGUCGAGUGUCGAGGGCUGGUUCGGAGAAACCGGUUGGCAGGAAAGAGGAGGGCAAAUUCGUUGACCUUCCUGGUGCUGAAAUGGGCAAGGUGGUUGUUCGUUUCCCACCAGAGGCUAGUGGGUAUCUGCACAUUGGUCAUGCCAAGGCUGCUCUGUUGAAUCAGUACUACCAAGAGGCGUUUAAGGGAAAGCUCAUUAUGCGUUUUGAUGAUACCAAUCCUGCUAAGGAAAAAGUUGAUUUUGAGAAGGUGAUUCUGGAGGACCUGGAGUUGCUCCAAGUCAAGCCUGACGAAUUCACGCACACCUCGAGCUACUUUGAUUUGAUGUUGGAGUUGUGCGAGAAAAUGAUGGCCGAGGGAAAGGCGUAUGUUGAUGACACUGAUCCGGAAACCAUGAAAUCGGAGCGAGAGCAGCGCGUUGCAUCAAAAAAUCGAACCAACAGCACGGAGCAGAAUUUCAAAAUGUGGGAAGAGAUGAAAAAAGGCUCCGAGCUUGGCCAGAAAUGUUGUGUUCGAGCCAAGAUUGACAUGCAGUCGGCCAAUGGGUGCAUGAGAGACCCUACCAUUUAUCGCUGCAAGAAUGAGCCCCAUCCACGUACAGGCACAAAAUACAAAGUCUAUCCUACCUAUGACUUUGCCUGUCCAAUUGUGGACAGCAUUGAGGGUGUUACUCAUGCCCUCCGAACUCUGGAGUAUCAUGAUCGGGAUGAUCAGUUUUACUGGUUCAUCGAUGCCCUUGGAUUGAGAAAGCCGUACAUUUGGGAGUACAGCAGGCUCAACAUGACCAACACCGUUUUGUCUAAGCGCAAACUCACCUGGUUUGUCGAGGAAGGCUAUGUAGAUGGCUGGGAUGAUCCACGAUUUCCAACUGUCAGAGGAGUUCUUCGCAGAGGAAUGACCGUGGAGGGUCUUAAGCAGUUUAUUAUUAGCCAAGGCUCGUCUCGCGCCGUCACCAUGAUGGAGUGGGAUAAAAUCUGGGCUUUUAACAAGAAAGUCAUCGAUCCUAUUGCUCCUCGGUUCACUGCUUUAGAGCAAUCUGACCCAGUCAUUGUCAAUGUGAAGAAUGUCAAGGAGGAGGCUUUGACUGUGGCCAAGCAUCCAAAAGACCCAGCUGUGGGGACAAAAACUGUGUGGGUCGGACCCAAAAUUUUGAUUGACAGGGCGGAUGCUGACAUCUUGAAGGAGGGUGAAAAUACCACAUUCAUUAACUGGGGAAACAUCCUCAUUAAGAAAAUUAAUAGAGCAAAUGGAAAAAUCACCUCAAUAGACGCGGAGCCCAACCUUGACAACAAGGACUACAAAAAGACCCUUAAAAUUACCUGGCUUGCAGACACUGCCAAGGGAAAAACCAUCCCAUGUGCUUGCGUCUACUUUGAUCAUAUUAUUAGCAAAGCCGUUUUAGGAAAGGACGAGGACUUUAAAAAUUAUAUUGGACAUGAGACAAGAACUGAUGUGAUGAUGCUGGGAGACCCUGAGUUGGUUAACGUCAAGAAGGGAGACAUCAUCCAGCUCCAGAGAAGAGGCUUCUUUGUGUGUGACAGGCCAUAUGAGCCUACAAGCAUUUAUUCUGCAAAAGACAGUCCCAUUGUGCUGUUUUCCAUUCCCGACGGCCACACUAAAGCCAUGCCCACUGCUGGACCACCCAAGAAACCUCAGGAAAUCAGUGAGAAAGAGAAGCUGCAAUCGGCAAAGGGCAAAUCAGCUGAAAAGUCACCUCAAGAAGAGCAGAAACCUACCCCAGGUGGUGGCAACGAGGCCUCAAGACUUGAUGCUGCUAUAAAACAGCAAGGAGAUCGAGUCCGACAAAUUAAGUCAGAGAAGGCUUCAAAGGAAGUAGUGGGAGAGGAGGUUAAAAAGCUUCUUGAUCUUAAGGUCCAAUUCAAGGCAGCUACAGGCCUUGAUUGGAAGCCUGACAUCAAACUUCCGUCAGCCGAUCCUUCUCCAGCUGGUGGUGCAAGUGCUGCAGACAUCAACACCAAAAUCACUGAACAGGGAGAGAAAGUCCGAAAGCUCAAGGGAGAAAAAGCACCGAAGGAUCAGGUUGACGCAGCGGUGAAAGUCCUUCUGGCUCUGAAAGCAGAGUACAAGGCUGCCACCGGCUCGGAUUGGAAACCAGGCGCAAGUCCUGCAGCUCCAGCCGCUACUCCAGCACCUCCCCCAGCUAAGCAGGAAACAAGGUCUGGAGCAAGUGCAGCAGACAUCAACGCUCAAAUCAUUGAGCAAGGCAACAAGGUCCGAGACCUGAAAAGUCAAAAGGCAGCAAAGGACGUCAUCGACUCGGCAGUAAAGACACUUUUGGAGUUGAAGAGCAACUUCAAGAACGUUGCUGGUACCGACUGGAAACCAGGAGUGCAAGUUCCAGCAGCUGCUGCUCCUCCUGCUCAAGCCGCACCAGACAACAAGUCGGUGGAUUCUAUUCUAGCAGACAUUGCAGCACAAGGUGACAAGAUCCGCCAGCUGAAAUCAGACAAAGCUGCCAAGAACGUCAUCGACGAAGAAGUCAAAACUUUGCUUGGGCUCAAAGCGAAGUACAAAGAGGCUACAGGCCAGGACUGGAAGCCAGGAGCAGCCCCACCAAAAGCUGAACCCAAAGCUAAAGCACCAGAGGUACCUACGAUGGCAGACAGCGGAACUGGUUUGGCUGAACAGAUCACCAAACAAGGGGACAGAGUCAGGGAGCUCAAAUCCAAGUCUGUUCCAAAGGACGAAGUAGAAAAAGAGGUUAAAGCGCUGCUCGACCUGAAAGCUCAGUACAAGGCAGCAACUGGGCAAGACUUCCAGCCUGCUAAUGCUCCAAGGCAAGGGGGCAAGAGCAAAGAAAACAAGCCAAAGCAGGCACCCAAGAAGCAGGCUCCUAAAGAGAAACCGGCCGAGGCUGAUGAUGGCCAAGGUGGCUUGAAAAAGCAAACAAGACUUGGACUGGAGGCUAAGAAGGAGGAAAAUCUCUCAGACUGGUACUCGCAAGUAAUCACGAAGGGAGAGAUGAUCGAAUACUACGACGUCAGUGGCUGCUACAUUCUUCGUCCUUGGUCAUAUGCCGUCUGGGAGGCCGUGCAAAGAUGGUUUGAUGCAGAAAUCAAGAAGAUGGGUGUGCAAAACAGCUACUUCCCGAUUUUUGUUUCUCGAAGUGUACUUGAGAAAGAAAAGACCCACAUUGCCGAUUUUGCCCCAGAGGUUGCAUGGGUUACCAAAUCUGGUGAUACUGAUCUGGCGGAGCCGAUUGCUGUGAGACCGACUAGUGAGACUGUCAUGUACCCUGCUUACGCCAAAUGGGUGCAGUCCUACCGCGACUUACCGAUCAAGCUGAAUCAGUGGAACAAUGUUGUGAGGUGGGAGUUCAAGCACCCUCAACCAUUCCUCCGAACCCGUGAGUUCUUGUGGCAAGAAGGACACACAGCUCAUGCUUACCAGAAAGAAGCCACCGAGGAAGUUUACCAAAUUCUCAAUCUCUACGCUGAGGUUUACCAAGGUCUUAUGGCCAUUCCUGUUGUUAAGGGAAGGAAAACAGAAAAGGAAAAGUUUGCUGGCGGGGACUUCACCACUACUGUCGAAGCUUUUGUUUCGGCCAGUGGCAGAGGUAUCCAGGGAGGAACAUCUCACCAUCUUGGGCAGAACUUCUCAAAAAUGUUUGACAUUGUCUUUGAGGACCCAGAAACACAGGAGAAGAAAUUUGUGUACCAGAACUCUUGGGGCAUCACAACCAGAACUAUCGGUGUCAUGGUCAUGGUCCAUGCUGAUAAUCAAGGUCUUGUCCUUCCACCCAGAGUGGCUUGUGUCCAGAUCGUCAUUGUACCCUGUGGAAUCACGGCUAAUAUGAAGGACGAAAACCGCAAAACUUUGAUUGACUCCUGUCAGCAGCUGGAAAAGAGUCUGGUUGAAACUGAGGUGAAGGUCAAAGGUGACUAUCGGGACAACUACUCUCCAGGCUGGAAGUUCAACCACUGGGAGCUGAAGGGAGUUCCCAUUCGCGUUGAGCUUGGGCCAAAAGACCUAAAGCAAGGCCAACUGGUGGCUGUUCGGAGGGACACUGGAGAGAAGAUAACCAUCCAAAGGGCUACUGCUGUUGAGGAUUUGAAGAAGUUGCUGGACACCAUUCAUCAGAGCAUGCUCGACAAGGCCACAAAGGACUUGAAGGACCACACAAAGUUAUGCAAGGACUGGGACGAUUUCUGCAAACAACUUGAGGGAAAGAACAUCAUGCUGUCUCCGUUCUGCGGGGAAAUUCCCUGCGAGGAGGUGAUUAAGAAGGACAGUGCCAGGGAGGAGGGCGAAGGCGCCGAACCUGGAGCACCAGCUAUGGGUGCUAAAGGUCUCUGCAUUCCUUUCGAUCAGCCUGCUGAGAUCACUCCAGCUGACAAAUGCAUCUACCCAUCUUGUAAAAAUAAGCCCAAGUACUACACCCUGUUUGGAAGGAGUUAUUAAUGUUGAUCACAAAGCGUAAAAAUUAAAAAUAAUCAUCUUUAGUUUUAUGUUUUGUACUUGGGUUGAAACAAUAGACAAAUAUUAAAAUUCUAAAAGGAGAAAACAUGUUUUACUUUGCAAUUAAUUUUGCU